AUGUCCGCACGGGCCACGGCUGAGGCAGUAAGGAGGGCAGCAGCUUGGAAGCUUCUUUGCACCAGCACUGACACGGCAGCACGCAGAGACGCAAGCAGCCAGCAGCUUAUCAGUUCUCUAAGUUCUCUCGGUUUCGAUCCGAGGAGUUCUGGAAUAAUUCACGGAAAGCGAACCCUAAGCACUCACUCCGCAAACUCUCCUUCUCGAAUCCUUAUCAAAUUUUUAUUGUUUACAGUCAUGGCUGGAAUGGCACCUGAAAGUUCUCAAUUUGAUGCUCGUCAAUAUGAUUCCAGAAUGAAUGAGUUGCUUGGAGCUGAUGGUGAGGAAUUCUUUGCAAGUUAUGAUGAGGUGUAUGAUAGUUUUGAUGCAAUGGGAUUGCAAGAAAAUCUUCUGAGGGGCAUCUAUGCUUAUGGUUUUGAGAAGCCCUCUGCUAUUCAACAGAGGGGGAUUGUUCCCUUUUGCAAGGGACUUGAUGUAAUUCAACAGGCGCAGUCUGGUACUGGGAAAACUGCAACAUUCUGCUCUGGUAUUCUCCAGCAGCUGGACUAUGGAACUGUUGAAUGCCAGGCUUUGGUUCUUGCACCAACUCGUGAGCUGGCACAACAAAUUGAGAAGGUCAUGCGAGCACUAGGUGACUAUCUUGGUGUCAAGGUUCAUGCUUGUGUUGGAGGUACCAUUGUUCGUGAAGAUCUGCGUAUUCUUUCCAGUGGAGUUCAUGUUGUGGUUGGAACCCCUGGUCGUGUCUUUGACAUGUUGCGGAGGCAGUCACUUCGCCCUGACUACAUUAAGAUAUUUGUGUUGGAUGAAGCAGAUGAAAUGCUUUCAAGAGGUUUUAAGGAUCAGAUAUAUGAUAUCUUCCAGCUUUUGCCGCCUAAGAUUCAAGUUGGUGUAUUCUCUGCAACAAUGCCACCAGAGGCUCUUGAAAUCACAAGGAAGUUUAUGAAUAAGCCUGUCCGUAUUCUUGUUAAACGUGACGAGCUAACUCUUGAGGGUAUCAAGCAAUUCCAUGUUAAUGUUGAAAAAGAAGAAUGGAAGCUUGAAACUCUAUGUGAUCUUUAUGAGACUUUGGCCAUCACCCAGAGUGUCAUCUUUGUUAACACCAGGCGUAAGGUUGACUGGCUCACUGACAAAAUGCGCAGCCGUGAUCAUACUGUAUCUGCCACUCAUGGAGACAUGGACCAGAAUACAAGAGAUAUCAUCAUGAGGGAAUUCCGAUCCGGUUCUUCGCGUGUGCUCAUAACCACUGACCUCUUGGCCCGUGGUAUUGAUGUUCAACAAGUCUCGCUUGUGAUCAACUAUGAUCUGCCGACUCAGCCUGAGAACUACCUUCACCGUAUUGGACGUAGUGGACGAUUCGGGAGGAAGGGCGUUGCUAUCAAUUUUGUUACCAAAGAUGACGACCGGAUGCUUUUUGACAUACAGAAAUUCUAUAAUGUGGUAAUUGAGGAGCUGCCAGCCAAUGUUGCCGAUCUCUUGUAA